AUGAGAGCAGCAGUGUGCUUUUCACACUUUCAACUUCCUAAAUGCCAAAUUCAUACCUUUUCUGCUUCUUGGUGGGAAAAGAUCCAUAAUUUCAGCAAAAAAAGAUCCAGUAUUUAUGGCCUUCAAGGGGGGAAUACUAAUAGUAGAAGAUGGACCCAAAAAUCAUUAUCAACAAACACAGAAGGAAUUGCGAAGAACAUCUUAAGCAGAAAAACAACCAAUAUUGGCCAACAAAUAACCGAUAUCUCAGAGAACAAAGAUCUAUCAAAGCUGGUUACCAUUUUUGUCUUUGAUAUUGAGACAACUGGUUUUAGCAGAGAGAAUGAACGCAUCAUUGAGAUUGCAAUGCAGGAUCUUAGUGGUGGAUUAAAUAGUACAUUUGAGACACUCGUAAAUCCUGAUAAAAUUGUUACAAAUCCACAUAUCCAUGGGAUUUCAACCUAUAUGGUCAAUAGACCCGGUAUCCCAAGGAUGAAAGAUUUGAUACCCAUUUUGAUAGAUUAUGUGGAAAGCCGUCAGAAACCCGGUGGUCAAACAUUAUUUAUUGCUCAUAAUGGGAAGGCAUUUGAUGUCCCUUUUUUAAUCAGUGAAUUCAACCGUUGUUCUUUUGAAAUCCCACCACAUUGGGAGUUCGCGGAUACAAUGCCUCUUGCUCGUGAAAUCAUGAAAGUUGAAGGUCUGUCUUUGUCUGACUCUAUUUUUUUGGCCUCACCGUGUUUGGUGUGCAUUGGACUGAAAUUGGGACUGAUGUGA